AUGGCGCAGAAAAGAAAGGCUCAAGAGGCGUUUGGCAAGGCCAACACCCAGCUCAGUGCGGUCGCGGCGGCGAAGCAAGCGAGACUGCGGGCACAACAGUCCAUACCCGGCACGGAUGCUCUGCAAGGCGACAUCGAUCGAGCCUCUGCUAUUGCAGAUACCCCAUAUGACGGCCAAAAUGACGCUUCCAGAGAAGGAGUAUCUGAACCUGAUGUCGAGGUACCUAUUGCGACCCUUCCACCAGCCAAGUCAAGUGUGAAGUUGUCGAAUUUUUCGCGCGAUAAAAGCACUGUCCUCAAAGAGUCCGACGAGCGAUGGGAGUUCUCUUUGAAAGCGGACGAGUAUGUCACCUUCAUCGGCGAGUUUGAUCUAGAGGUCUCGAAAGGAUUCGCUUCGAUUCACGGCGCAAUAUUGCAUGCCAACUCUGGUGUGCAGCGAGUCUACGCAUUGAGUCCGCAAGCUAUCCCGGCAAUAGUGGCACGCAAAGACGACACCAUUAUCAAAACAACGGCCAUUGGCAGAGAUCACAACGACUCUGUACUAAGCCUUGAACGACUUUCGCCUCUCUUCGGUAAUAUCGGUGCGAAGCAUAAGUAUUCGUCGAGGUCAUUCGCUCUGCUGAAGGAGUCAUCGGACGACCCUCUACAACGACUGCUCGUCGUACUCGAGGUAGACGAUGACACCAAAAUGGUACUUUCUAGGCUCAAUGCGAAGCUGGACUCAAGUGACAGUGCACCGCGCAUCAUGGCCGUGGGAGCGAAGUCUUCAGGAAAAUCUACAUUCAACCGACUUCUUUGCAACAUGAUCAUCACUCGACCAGGACAACAGCGGUGCUUCUACCUUGACAUAGACCCAGGCCAGCCAGAAUUUGGACCUCCUGGACAAGUGUCUUUGGUUGAAGUCACGACUCCCCUCCUUGGGCCGGCCUUCACACAUCCAGCAUCGGUCGAUUCGAAAGCUUUCCGCCUCGUUCGAUCACACACAAUAGCCGCCACUUCAUUCAAGGACGACCCCGGACACUAUGUCAACUGUGUCGUGGACCUGACGAAGCGCAUACCGAACGAUGUGCCUGUGGUGGUCAAUUCCUGUGGAUGGGUCAGCGGUCUCGGCGCGACUGUACUAUCAGAUAUAGUCGCUUGCACCAGUAUCACGGACUCGGUCACCCUUGGGCCACUAGAUGCUGACCUUGAAGAUGGUCUCAAAUCUCGAACGACUCUGCACAAGGUGGCACGGCGUCAGGGUCGAGUGUCUGCGCGAACACCAGCAGAUUCGAGGGCUAUGCAAACUCUGGCUUACUUCCAUCAGAAAGACAGGACGUCGAAGGGAAGGCUACGAUGGGACUCCAAGCGUAUCAGUCAAAUGCGGCCCUGGAUCAUCGGAUAUUGUGGCGAGAGCGCUGGCGUUGAGGCUAUUUUAUCGUACGGACAGGCCCCUCAAGCCGAUUUUUUGAGCGAGGUGCUCGACGGCUCAAUAGUCGCCAUUGUUGAACACGAUUCCGACCUCUUCAAUGCCACAGCUGUUGAACGAACCAACAAGGAGGAUAUUCCCUACAUCACCUCCAGAGAAGACGGCUUCUCGUUUCCGAUCGAUCCCCAGCAGAGCAAGUGCUUAGGCCUGGCUCUGAUUAGAGGCAUCGACAUCCAAAACAAGAAGCUCCAGCUCGUAACGCCACUGCCCGAGAGCCAGAUAGCGGAGCUAUUACAGCGCAAAGUAGUCCUCAUCCGUGGCGGCUUCGAUUCCCCAGAAUGGGCUUAUCUGGAAGAUCUCUGCGCAGCAGACAAGGAAGACAUGGGCAAAAUGGACGCGGAGAACGAUCGGCCCUGGGUCACAUUGAGAGAACAUGUGGGUGUGGAGGGAUCAGUGUGGAGGUUGCGACAUCCGCCUACGAGGGAUAGUCUGCGGUAG